AUGAAGGUUUACAUUACAACCACAGUUGGACAAUCAUCAACAUAUGUCGUUGAUGUUGAAUCAACAACAACUAUUCGACAACUCAAAGAAUAUUAUUGCAAAAAGGCCAAAACAAAAGAGGACCUUGAAAAGAUACUUUUAGUGCUUGACGGAAGGCAAUUGGAUGAUGAUAACAAAACACUCUUCGAUUGUGGUAUAAAACCAGAUGCUAUGCUCGAUUUAACGUAUUGUAACUUUCACGGUCGAAAUCCAACUUUCGGAACACAUUUCGUUGAUGUUAGUAAUGAAAAAGGUUUAACAAGAAUAGAAUGGGCAAAAACUGCUCCAGAUUGGCUAAUAGCAGCUCCUGGUCUAUGUUUGGAAGGACUAUGCAAAAAUGUAGCAUGCGUAGCUAAAGGUAGAAUUGUCAUCAUGUCGAUGGGAUACAUAGAAUUCGAUAUUCUCAGAGGUCCAAAUAGAAACACAACAAAAUGUCCCAUGUGUUCCCAGUAUGUUAAUCCAACGACGUGUGGUUUUAAUAAUUGCUGGUGGAAAUAUGAAGGUAUAAAGCAAACAGAUGAAUCUGAAGAACCUAAAACUAUUACAAGUGAUUGGCAACAUGCUGAUAAUGCCUAUCAUCGUUUUGAUGAAGAGAAAAGUGGAAUAAUACAAUGGCGAGAUUUGAAGUUGACAGCUGUUAAAACUAAAAUCUAA